UCCAGUCAGGACUCGAUUAGCAAACGGACUGUUUACCUUCCGCUUCAGACAGAUGAGGCAGAAUAAUAUUCUUUCAAAAUGUAUUCUCACGCUUCAGAGAGUUUAAUUAAACAAGCAAGAGAGAUUCAGGAGUCUGAGCUGCAGAAGUUUUACAGCAGAUUAAUGAAGAUGCUUCAGGGCAAGGACCUCGGUCACGACACAGUGGACUCCCUGCAAAGGCUGCACCUCAUCCUUUCUGCCACCAAGUACACCCGAACGCUGCCUUUAGAGCUCCAGAAGAGGUUUGUAGCGCUUCUCUCAUCACCUGCGGAGCAGCAUCAGGUGCUGAGCGCCGCUGUGCUCAGAGAAACGCUGCCCCUCACUGGUCAGGAGCUGAAUUACUACCAGGACAAUCUCGGUCAGCUGAACAGUCACGCUGCUGGUCUGCUGCUCUCACAGGCUGUAUCCAAGGGUGAUCUUUCAUCUCUCUGCACUCAACUUCUUCGCAAUCUGGAGAGUCGACCGUCUGAAGGGCCGACUCACUCGCUCAUGCACACCCUGCCAGUUCUCAACAACGUCCUCACACACAGCCCAGAGUGCCUCAGCGAAGAUCAAAUGACCCUUGUAAGCAAAAAGCUUGUUGAUUGGCUGCGUUAUGCUAGCGUCAUGCAGGGAGUCGGGACUUCCUCUGGAGGAUUCUUCACGGGGCCCAGAUCCCGUCAGCCGGUGCCUAUAGCAGAGCUGGAUGGAUCUGUGUCCGGAGAUUUCUUCACUGUCCUAUGUGUAGGUCAGGGCUUCACUGAAGACCAGUGGAUGAACGUCUACUCCUUUUCCAUGCUGCGUCAUUGGCUUCUCACCUACCAUUCCAGCUGCAGCACAGUAGAUGCAGCAAACAGGCUACAACUCAGCCUGUCAGUCUCCCACUCCCACUCCUUUUCAAAUGAUGACCGAUCGGAGGUGGACGGGUCCGUAGUUUCUAUGGUUUCGGCGACGUCCUCCUCCAGCCGACUGCUGCCUCCAAAGGAGCGUCUCAGAGAGAAGGCUUUCCAGUACUGCCAGCGCCUCAUCGAACAGAGCGACCGCAAGGCACACAAGAAGACCGAUACAGAACUGCAAAAAGCGUGUCUGGUGGAGGCCGUGUGCAUCCUGGACUGCGUGUGUGUUGAGGACGCCUCGUUGGUCUACAGGACCUUCCCCUGCAUAAAGGCUCUCUUUGGUCGCCUCAGCUCAGAGCUGUCGUAUGCCAGAGUCCUGCUGCCCAUAGCACAGUUCUACCUCAACCACGGUGCGCAUACACAGCAACGUGUGCUCGCAGCUGCCACAAGUUUAGAACGGAAAACAGGGUCACGCGAGAUGGCUGCAGUGGACUGUGAGAACGUGUGGAAGGUGGUGUUUGGUCGGUUUCCUACGGAGCUUUUCAACGACCCAUUCCUGGCACACGAGCUUCUACGCUUCCUUCGACUUAACCUGGAAAGCAUAGAGCUUCGGGUUCCACAGUACACGCGCUACUUUCCAAAUCUGUUGAAGUUUUUAGCAUGGGACAGUCCGGCGAUGGUGGAUGACUUUGUGGAUCUGCUGCCCUCUAUGGUUACAACUGGAACUGCGGUGGAGCUGCUUCACACCCUGCUUGACCUGCCCUGUCUCUCUGCCACGCUGGUCCUGCAGCACAGGUCCACAUGUUUGCCCAUCUCUGAGCCAGUCGGUCGCAGCUUCGUGUCACUGGAUGCAUUUCGAAACCCUUCUUUCAGAGGGCUUUUCCUCUUCGUGCUCCGAACGGAGGCAGGCUCAGGUGACACAAUCGACCGACUGAGCACGCUCCAUGAGCUGCUGGUUGAAGCUGCUGACUGGCCGAGAGUCACUCAGUGUGCUCGGACGGUCCCCGUGUUGUUGCACGUUUUCUUCAACACAAUUGUUACGAUCGCUGACGAGAAGCUUUUGGCUCAUUUGAUUCUGGUGAUGCUGGAGAGAAGCAGCCUGCUUCUUAACAUCCCUGCGUACAUCAAAGAGAUACACCGGGUGUUCAGCUGCCACCUGUUGAGGCUGUGUAAGCUCCACCCCUCUCUGGUCGUGAACCAGUCCCACGAGCUGCUGGAGUUUGCUGGAAGCACAGCCAACGUCUACAGCAAAGAGGAACUCUAUACACAUGUGGUGUGGGUGCUGGGAGAGUACCUCUCUGUGUCAUGUGACUCUCGCUGUUCCGUGAGCCUCAUCACUUCCUGUUUUGAAGCACUGGAGGCGGUGCUGUUUGAGAUCACUUCGUCUGCCCCUCCAACUGGAUCGGUUUGCCCGGCCCCUAAAGUCAUCAACACUUUAAUGAGCGCUCUCGCUAAGCUGGCGUCACGGUCACAUGACCUCAUACCUCGGGUGUCUCUGUUCCUCUCUAAACUAAGGACCGUAACCAGAAGCGGAUCGGUUGCCUGGUGCUCUGAUGAGGAGGACCUCGUUGCUAUAGUAACACGAGGGGAGGAGUUGUGGUCGCUGCUGAAGGCCCCCGGCGUAGCUCAGAGUGUCCUGACACCACCUCCCCAUGUCAUCGCACCUCAGUGGCACAGAGACACUAAUGUGGCAUUGCCGCUUCAACUGCGAGCCCUCACAAGCCUCACACACUCACAGUGACACAAACACACACACACUCAUGUACAAAACACAACAUCAUCCUGCGCUGACAAUGCAUUUUUGUAAUUGAUUUGUUUGAUGUUGACGCUGAUAUGAUUUUCAUAAAACACACAGAUCCCUUUCAGUGUAAUAUUUUUCUUCUUUAUUACAGUGAUUUGACAGAAAUAUCAUUUUACAAAAUAGAUCAUCUGAUUAAAAAAAAAAUAAAAAAUUAAAAAAUUGCU